AUGCUUAUAAUUGAAUUUGGUUUUCCUGCAGCCACUUGGUGGUCUCUUUAUGGAGGAGACACCAAAGAAUUGCAAAAAUAUGCAUUGAGGAUUGUGUCACAGUGCAUUUCUACAAGUGGCUGUGAACGAAACUGGAGUAGAUUCUCACUGGUCCAAACCAAACUGAGAAACAAACUGUGCUACAUUAAACUUCAUAAGUUGGUCUAUGUGAAUCAUAACCUGAAGCUACGUGUGCAACAUCUUGAAGCUAAUGAUCAACUUGAGAAGGAAAAGUUUGCAGAUCCUAUUCAAGAUAUGAUAGAUUGUGCACUUUUUGAUCAUACCAAUCCAAUUACAGAGUGGCUAAAUGAACCAGAUUCUGUUGUUGAUCAAAAAGCUGAACAAUCUUAUGGACUAGUGCGUGAAAAGAGUCUUCUUGGAACGAGAGAGCGAGGGAAAGCUGGACUAGUGCAUGAUAAAAGAAAGAAGGGGGCAAGUGAGGAUGGGGAUGAUGAGUUUGAUGAAAACGAGAGUGAGAGUGAUGAUAUUGGAACAUGGGAUGAUAGCGAUAAUGGGGCUGAUGACGAAGGAGACACUGAUGGAGACGGAGAAGAUGAAGAUAAGGUCCCUUCCUCUAAGAAGCAGCAAGGGCUGAAAGAAGAGAGGAUUUCCAAUCCAUGUCCUGCUCCAGAAACGCAUGGUGAUGAUGAAACCGCACUAGCAGGUUGCAAGUAG